CAUUUAAAUAAUGGCUAAUGUUAUACCGGAAUGGUCGAAAGCAUAUCUAAAACGACCACGCAAUAAUCUAAAAUCGCAUAUAUUUAUCGAUGAAAAGAUUAAGUUUAAGCCAUCUUUUGAAAAGGAUGACUGUCCUCCAUCGAUGAGCUGGUUGCUGGGCUGGGAAUAUUCCCGCCAAUGGACCAAAGAACGUGAUGAAUUCUAUAAGGCACGUGAAGAUCGCAACAAACCGAAGCACAUAAAAAACGAUUAUAAGAAAUGGUUGGAGAAACGUAAACCCAAAGAUAAUUUUUAUUGCAGAGCCCAAGGUGUUGAUAAGUUAACGCAAAAUAAUACACAAAUUCGCAAGUAA